UUCCGGAUGCCCAGGGGCUAUUUAAGUGUUGAGAAGGGCCUUCUCCCGUCUUAAUUAUAUCAUCAUGGCAACAGCAGCGUUACACCCGGGGGUUGCUCUGCCCCCAAGACGUGACAAAGGAGAGCUGAGGAAAACGGCCAAAGCAAAUGGAAAAGAAGCGGCCCUUUUGCUGGGGAAGCGCCUUAAACAUCCUUUAGAAAACAGGUGGGCCCUCUGGUUCUAUAAGAAUGACAAAAGCAAAACCUGGCAGGAAAAUCUGAGGCUCAUCACGAAGUUUGACACAGUGGAGGACUUCUGGGCAUUAUACAACAACAUGAAAGUGGCCAGCAAGCUGUCCUCAGGCUGUGACUAUUCUGUGUUUAAGGAUGGGAUUGAGCCAAUGUGGGAGGACAGGAGUAAUAAGUGUGGUGGACGCUGGCUGAUCACCUUGUCCAAACAGCAGAGACACACUGAGCUUGACCGCUUCUGGCUUGAUACACUCCUGUGCAUUAUUGGAGAGGGCUUUGAUGUGUACAGUGCUGAUGUGUGUGGCGCCGUCAUUAACGUACGUGCAAAAGGUGAUAAAAUUGCCAUCUGGACAACAAAUGCAGAAAACAGAGAGGCUGUCACUUACAUUGGCCGCAAGUUCAAGGAAGGACUAGGCCUGCCUGCCAAAAUUGUGAUUGGCUAUCAGGCCCAUGCCGAUACUGCGACCAAGAGCAACUCCAUUACCAAGAAUAAAUUUGUUGUUUGAAAUGAAUAUUUUGUAAUUGUUAAUUUUGUGUGUUGUACUGUUUGUCCAAUGCUCCCCACAUGUUGGAGGACACAAGUGGAGCAGAGCAAGCUGACAGAUGUUUCUAGUGGACUAAUUGGGGGGGGAAAUUGAGAGAGCAAGUAAAAGUAUAAGAUGACAUUUCAGUAAUGUGAGAUUAAAUGAUCUGCAAUGUCAAGAUGCUUCCCUUUUUCAUUUUUGUCCUUGUCUAAUUAUAAAUUUGCAAAUCCUAGAUGUGCAGAACUGCUCCUUGAAAGCUGUCACACCUGUGUUCUUCUGUGGUGAUGUUGGACUUCUGAGGUUUGUUUAUGUUCAUUAAAUAUGUAAUGCCUUAGGACUUGGUAAGGAUGAUAAUGCCUCAUAGUUCUUGCACUUUGAGAUUUUUGUUGCUUGAGGUUUGUUGAAAAUAAAGCAAAGUAUAAAAUUUGGUUUGACUGUAACCAGUAGUUCAGUUUAUUCCUUUGUUUGUCUUGCAAUUGUGUAGGUUCUCAGGUGGAGGUAAAGUGGACUGGAGAGGUAAAAAUUCCAAGAUCAGAGAACCAAACUCUGCAUUUUGGCUAUCUUUUUGAUUGGAAUAUUCCAAAAGUCAUUCACUUCAUUGAAAUGCUAUUGCUUGUACUAAGGGGGAAUGGUGUCAAGACAACCUUUCCAGUUUUAAGCUAAUGAGACCCAUUUUGAGUGAUAAAAAGCAUUUUUUUUUUAGUUUUAUAAGUCACUCUUUGACUUUAAGAAGGCUUUCCCUGCACAGUAUUCCACAUCCUAUGUCCUAAUAUAUUGCAUAUUCAAAUUUCUCAACCUUUUUUGACUUGAUUUCAGACAAACGUCUAUAAAAAAAAAAGAUACUUACCCAAAGAGAAGUGUCAGAUGUGCCCUUUAUAGAUACUGCGUUGUUCGAAUUGACAAUUCCUAUGUACUUUUUUCAAUUCCUUGUGUAUUCUAUAGCUCAUGGUGUGUUAUUGGACUUGUAAUGUAUGAAGGUUUAAAUCCAGAAUACAUCAUAAACUGAAACCACCUUGUAGCCUGGAAGAUCUGUCCAUGUAAUUACUUAUCCCUCCCUACGACCUUGUUUUGCUCUCUGUUUGAAUUCUCCACCUUCACCCCUCAGUGGGGAAAUGAACUCCCCAGGGCCAUCAGGACUGCUCUGCCCCUCAUCUCCUUCUGGCACCUGUGUACUCUUGACAUUCAAUAAAAAGUACCAUACAGAACA